CCGGCACCGAAGGGCUGCAGUUGCGAUCGGAUGAUCGACGAGUGCGCGUCUCUGCCUUGCGCGCGCCGCCCAGCAUGCCCAGUGCCGGAUUCUCGUGAGUCGUGAAUCGUGCGAACCGUGAGGUCGAACCGAGGCGUUCGUGUCGACUCGUCGUGGCUCGCUUCCGGACCAGGAUCGAGAGAUGUUCACGGGGAUUCGACAGGCUCACGUAAUCGCCAGACGCGCUGCACCGCACUGCGUCGCUGGUACUCCACAGUAGUCCGAAAGCCGAGGAAUCCGGUGGUGCAUCUAAAUAGGGAGGACACUGGUGGUUGAAGAGGGACCGAACGCGCCGAACGGGCGAAGACGAACGGGGGGGAGACCGGUGCAGGCCACCGGUGCGGGACGCUCUCGAGCCCUUCUUGCCUCCAGGAUGUCGUACGCCAACCGAUUCCCGGCUUCCCAGCAUACUCGGUACCGCAGCAGCUGGGGGCCAACCUCGACGACUGUGUUCAAUCGCGCGGACGUGCCGAGGCCCUCGCCGGAAGAGGAAGAGUUCGCCGAGUUUUAUCACGAGCGUCUCCACUCGGCCCAGAGCAGACAGUUGCUGCCGCUGCAGGAGGACCUCGCCGAUUGGAUCAAUAAAACGUUGAACUCGGAGUAUGUGACCGGCGACAACUUCUUCGACGCGCUUGACAAUGGGGUGGUUGUCUGUCGAUUGGCGAGAGUCAUCCAGGAGAAAGCGAGGGUGGCGAUCGAUGCCGGGAGAGCCAAAGGGCCGAUACCGUUGAUAAGGGGCCGAUGCUGGGAGAACGCAGCGAGACGGAGUUUCUUCUCCCGCGACAACAUGGAGAAUUUCAUUCAAUUCUGCCGGCGUCUGGGCGUUCACGAGAACCUUUUGUUCGAGAGCGACGAUCUCGUUCUCCACGGCCAGCCACGGAACGUCGUGCUGUGCCUGCUGGAGGUGGCUCGAUUGGCUUCGAUCUACUCCGUGGAGCCACCGGGGCUCGUGCAGCUCGAGAGGGAAAUCGCCGCUGAACAAGAGAGGGAUCUUCACUGUUUGUCCGAUAGCGGUAUAUCUCACAGCAGCCUCGUCUCUUGGCAAUUCCAAUCACCGUCCCCGACCGCGACGCCGAGACCACCAGCCGAGAAGAUAAAACACAGCAGCUCGGCGUCGGAGGUGACCUCGUCAGCGACAAGAUGGCUGGACACAACGACGGGUGCCACCCACGAGCCCGAGAUGCGGCGGUCGGUUAGCGAUAAUGGACCACAGGGCAGCGAUGGCGUGCCCAGCGAUACCACGGAAGACGAUUGGUCGCGUGGAAGCGCCGAAGACCCGGACGAGGUUCCAUCACCGUCGAGUUCACCUUUGCCCUCGCCAGCCGAGCCGCCGGAACACACCGGGCCCAUAACGGAACUCGAUCGCAAGGUGAGACGGGCAACGGAGGCCGUUCAGAGACUCUGCCAGUGUCCCUCGGAGAAGUGCUCGAAGCUGAAGGUGCGCAAAGUUGGCGAAGGCCGAUACCAUAUCGCCGGACGGAACGUCUUCAUCAGGCUGCUGAAGGGUAGACACAUGAUGGUCCGAGUGGGCGGCGGCUGGGACACCUUGGAGCAUUUCUUGGCGAGGCAUGAUCCCUGUCAGGUGAGGACCCUCAACCGCGAGAGCACGCCGCCUUCACCCCACGGCAACAAGCACACCGCCAACUUUCUUCCCAUUCGCGCCAAGUAUCGCAGCCCCCCGACGGAAUUCGUCUCGGCCCGCUAGCCUAAAAGCACAGUGCCUGUUACAAGUCCACGCUACUUCACGUUCAUGCUGCUGUUAGUCUGUUACGUACAAGUAGAGUACACACACACACACAUACACGACUCGUCGACAGGGUGGCGGCCGCGUGUCGCGAGGCACACCGGCGCGGUUCCCUUUUCCCGUUCGCGGCCGCGAGAGGUGACUGAACCGUGACGAGAGUUUUAGGGGAACCAGGCUGAUAGAGAGGAUAAACGGCGCCGCGCGCCGGCUAGAGCGCGGAGCACGAUCGAUGCGCCCUGAGUCAUGGUCGCCGGGCCCCAAAACGGCGACUUGUUCCUUCUUUCCAACCGCUGUCGGGCGCGUUGACGAUGUCGAGGGACUCGCGGCCGCUUUGUCCGGCUAUCAGCAAGGGUCCCGUAUCGAACGCGUGUCCCUCGCGGCACGCCUCCGCUGUCUCACCAAUAAUUACAUGUCUUCUAUUCUAUCGCGAUAUUACAUGCACACUGGUAACGCCGUGCACCUAUCUUUUAGACGGAUAAGUUAUACCAGGGGAUGGCACUAUUUUUUCUUACAUGUCAUGUAACAACGGCUAGGGAGCACUAAUCAUUGUAACGUACGUCCUUUGCAAGCGUGUUAAUAUGCCAUCUUCUUGCGCGAAGGCCCGAGCCGGAGGCCAACGGAGCUUCCGCUCGCGGGCCGUUUUACCUCUUACUCUACUAUAUUUCUCUUCUUCUAUCGAUUCAAUCUCGACGAAUGUACGCGCAUUUACAUUUAAUCGUUUCCAUUGUAUAUGCUAUCGAGGCACGCGUUGCGUUCGCACAGGAUGCGCGAAUAGGGCGAGCCGGCUUAAGUGCUACCGUUUCGGUACCGUUGACAAUUGCUUCCGACGAGAUCGACGAAGCGUUCGGACCUCUUCGGAGAACUCUCUUCUGCUGUGCGCGCCUCUCUCGAAACACCUCUAAGGUCGCCUUCGGUAUUUUAAACGCAGAAAGUUAGAAAAUCGAAGGUGAUCCGCGGCACCCCGAAGAGCUUCCCCCCGCCGGCGCCCGUCCGCGCGUGCGAACGCAGCCUGCAUAUUUAUUUGUACUUCUACAUCGUUAAUCGAUCGCGUAAUAAAAGUACAAGACUAUUUUUUGUACGAUA